CGCCUGUACUCUUAGUGUAAAAACAGACUACUGCAGUGCAACUUAACUCAGCCUUUUUUCUUAUAAUAAAAUUACUUGAACUGAAGCCACCACUUAUGUGUCUUAAUCAGAAGAAUAUAUAGGGUUUGGCAAUAGAAUAAAUGGCUGAAUGCUAACGUAUCUGACCCUCCAAAAGCUGCUAUAAAUACCCACAGCCUCACUACACUUUAACCCACCAGUUUCCGUACAAUAAUCCUUUUCUGAGGACAUAAUGGCUCCACAUUGUUCAACUAAAACCAUAGUUUUUGUACUGGCACUGAUCAGCAUCUUCUUCCUCAGCGAAACGGAAGCCCAGGGUAGGUCUCCUCCCCGUCAGCCUCCGGCUCCACGCCGUCCUCCACCUCCACGUCGUCCUCCACCUCCACGCCGUCCUCCACCCCCACCACCAUUUGUUUGUCCACCAUGUGUUUGUCCACCACCAGUAUUUCCACCAAAUAUCCCACCACCCGAGAUUACACCACCCACACCAGAACCUGAGAUUUCACCAACGAAAGCUCCACCGCCCGGGACUACACCACCCGAGAUUACGCCACUAGAAAUUCAACCACCCGGGGUUACACCACCAGAAACUGAACCAGUAACUCCACCACCCGGGAUUACACCACCAGAAACUGAACCAAUAAAUCCCCUACCAGAGAUUCCACAACCCGAAAUUUCACCAAUAGAUAUUAAUCCAAAAAUUCCACCACCCGGGAUUACACCACCAGAAACUGAACCAAUAAAUCCCCUACCAGAGAUUCCACAACCCGAGAUUUCACCAAUAGAUAUUAAUCCAAAAAUUCCACAACCCGGGAUUACACCACCAGAAACUGAACCAAUAAAUCCCCUACCAGAAAUUCCACAACCCGAGAUUUCACCAAUAGAUAUUAAUCCAAAAAUUCCACCACCCGGGAUUACACCACCAGAAACUGAACCAAUAAAUCCCCUACCAGAGAUUCCACAACCCGAAAUUUCACCAAUAGAUAUUAAUCCAAAAAUUCCACCACCCGGGAUUACACCACCAGAAACUGAACCAAUAAAUCCCCUACCAGAGAUUCCACAACCCGAGAUUUCACCAAUAGAUAUUAAUCCAAAAAUUCCACAACCCGGGAUUACACCACCAGAAACUGAACCAAUAAAUCCCCUACCAGAAAUUCCACAACCCGAGAUUUCACCAAUAGAUAUUAAUCCAAAAAUUCCACCACCCGGGGUUACACCACCAGAAACUGAACCAAUAACUCCACUACCAGAAAUUCCACCACCAGAAAUUCAACCACCUGAGAUUACACCACCCGAGAUAUCACCACCCGAAACUGAACCAAAGACUCCACCACCCGAGAUUACACCAUCACAAGUUCCACCACCUGAGAUUACUCCUCCGGAGAUCCAACCACCUAAAAUUGAACCACCAGAAAUUACACCACCAGAAAGUCCACCACCAAAGAUUUCACCACCACAAAUCGAACCAUCCGAGAUUACGCCACCUGAGAUUACUCCCCCGGAGAUUACACCACCCGAGAUUACGCCACCUGAGAUUCCACCACCAAAGAUUUCACCACCACAAAUCGAACCACCCGAGAUUACUUCACCUGAGAUUCCACCACCAAAAAUUUCACCACCUGAUACACCACCACCAUCCGGGACUCCACCAAAACAAAGUCCACCACUUCCUCCUCCGAACUUCCAACCACCACCGCCUCCACUCCCUACAUGUCCCAGGAAUGCCGCUCAACAAAGGGCAUGUGCCAAUGUUGUAAGACGUUAUGGGAAUUUCCUAGACUUUGGAAGGGCACAACCAUGUUGCUCUCUUAUUCGCGAUUUGUCUGAUCGCGAAGCAGCAGCUUGCCUAUGUGGUUUUGUGCAACCUCCAGGUCAACGACGUUCCCCUCCUCCUCGCAAUAUUUUUGUUCUCUGUAGGGCUUGUGGUCGCAGGGUCCCCCGAGGCUUCAUGUGCCCAUAACCUUUUCCACAUACCCUUCGAAUUACCUCCAUACACAAUAAUACAUACUUGCCACCUUUAACGAGAACUAAAAUGGUUGUGACUUUUUUUACUUUCUACUAAUAAUAAUGUAAUAAAACAUCAAUAAAGUCUCUAUUGGCCUAA